ACAAUCACGAAGGAAACGAGAUUGAUCAACCGUGUUGGGCAAAGCGUCCUUAGCUGACUAAAGUGCACUUGAUGAUCCAAUAUGAUUGUAUGCCAAGGUUCGAUCGUGAUAUUAACAUCUAUGUAGAAAAUAGUUUGAAAAGACACGACAGUCCUCGUUUUCGGUUCGUCUCAUUGACUCGGUUGAGUUGAACAUGCGCGCCUUCUUAUAGCGUGAAAAAAGACUCGCGGGUUUUCAGCGCAACCACUACCCCAGUGAGCUCCAUGCAAUGCAAGAUUACACAAGCUAAAUAAGUUUAGCUUCCCGAGCACUUUUUCUUUCAAUAUGUGUUCAAAAAAAGUGAAUAUGUGAGUUGGUUCAAGCCCAUAGCGCCGGGGCUCAGUCAUUCAUUUUAAUUCGUGUUCCAUCUUGGUUCCAUCAUGAUAAUCUGUGUGACAUUUCUCUGCCUGACUUUUGGACUGACAAAUGCGGGAAACUUGCAAGUGGUCACUGAAAAUGGAGUCCUUCAAGGCAAACACCUCACCACUUCCAAUGGCGACGUGAUUGAAGCCUAUUUGGGUGUUCCAUACGCCCAACCACCCAUAGGGAAAUUGCGCUUUCGACCUCCACGGGAUCCCUUGAGUUGGAACACAGUUCGCGAUGCCACUCUGCCCCCACCGAGUUGUUUCCAGAGAAGAGACGAGUUCUUUGAAGAUGGACGAGAUUCCCAAGACAACCAACCCUUAUACGGGCCUAGCGAGGAUUGCUUGUUCAUCAAUAUAUAUACCCCUGAUUAUCAGAAUCAAAGUGUGCCCGACAAUGGUCAUCCAGUAAUGGUGUGGUUUCAUGGAGGAGGGUUUUCAUUCGGUUCCUCCUUCUCGCGUGGCUCGCCAAAUUGGAGCCCGGAUCCUCGAGAGCUGGUCUCUGAAGGCCAAGUCAUUGUCGUCUAUGUUCAGUAUCGAUUGGGUAGUUUUGGGUUUCUGUUCCUUGAUGACGAGUUGGCACCUGGAAACAUGGGUCUUCUUGAUCAACAACUGGCUCUGAAUUGGAUCAAAAGGAACAUAUUUGCUUUCCGUGGUGAUCCAACGAAAGUGACUUUGGGAGGACAAGAUUCUGGAGGCGUUUCCGCCCUCAUGCAAGCCAUUAUGACUAAGAAGGAACCAUUCUACAAGAAGCUGAUCCUUCAAUCGUCUGGAAUUCAACAUCCAUGGUCAUUUAUUGAGGCUACUGAGGCGUUUCGAAGGACUCUGAAGCUAGCGGCAUUACUCGGAUGCUCAGUCACUGGAUCCCGCGAGGAUGUCUUGGGGUGUCUCAUUCGAAAAAGCCCGGAAGAUAUAGUCAAUAAGGAAAUGGGUGUGGUGGCAUUUCCCACGAUCAAUUUUCACCCUUUUGUAAUGACUGUAGAUGGAAAGACUAUCUUUGCCGAGCCGAAAAAGCUGCUUCACCAAUAUGUGAAGAGACAAAAAGACGUGUCUGUCCUCUUGGGGUCAAAUAGAAAUGAGGGCACUAAAUCUUUGGUCCAUUUCAUGCCAACCGUAUUUCCCAGACAAGAAUUGACUGAGGAAAUAUUGGACCGAGAUACGUUCCAGAUUGUUGUUAAUCGGCUAUUUGCGGAUUCGCCUCUACACGUCCAAAAAGCCAUCAAGUUCCAAUAUACCAAUUGGACCGACGACCAAAGCGAUCACAGCCGCUUCCAAUUACUCACCAAGAUGGUGGCCGAUCAUCAGUACGAUUGCCCGCUCGAUGAAACCGUCACACUCAUGGCCGAUCGGUUUAAGAUUUUUCGAUACUUAUUUUCCGUGAGAUCGCCGCAAGAUCAGUGGCCGAAAUGGACUGGAGUUAAGCACGGUGAUGAGAUGGAUUAUGUUCUUGGGCGGCCUCUAUUAGAACCUCUACAAUUCUCGGUCAAGGACGUUUUUCUGAGCAAGUUUCUAAUUCAAUCAUGGACAAAAUUUAUCAAUACUGGGCAUCCAUCAGGACUUGAAAAGGGCAGGGUGAUUGGUUGGCCAUUAUAUCGAUUAGAUACAAGGCAUGUUCUUCAUAUCCAAAAUUCAGGCAAUAAUGUGGUUACCUCCAAUAAAAAUGAAGAGUUCUGUUCAUUUUGGAACGAUCUGGUUCCAGUAUUGGAACAGCAUCAUGACGAUGAGUGCCACAAGAGAGAAAAGAUUCGAAAUUUUGAGAAACAAAAGUUCAAACCAUUGCGCAUCAAAACCACUGCCCAACCAGAAAGUCGAGAAAACCUCGAACCAAAGGUCCAAAAGAGACCCGCCGCAAUUCGCCGAUCGACAACCACCCCAAAUUCUUUGACCUCGACAACCGAAUUAACAGCCUCUACUUUGUCUGCAACAUCGACGACAACAACAGCAUCAACAACAACAAUACCAUCAACGACGGCAAAAAAUACCAAGCCGACCAUUCGAAUAGACACCUCCACAAUUGCCACCACAAGGAGAUCAACGAUUCCCCAAAUGUCUUUCAUGGAGAAACCCGUUUUUGAAGAAUCGGAGGACUUACUCCCUCCAAUUAAUGUCCUGAGCAAAACCUCGGUCCUCAGUGCGGCUGAUCCUUCGUUCAAAUUGGUGACCUCGGAGGACGUUAUCACGGACGAUGACUUGGUUGGCCACGAUAGUGAUCAUUACCCUGUUUCAGUUAGACAAGAAAGCAACCCUGAAGCUCAAAAAAUAUCCUACUCACUGAGCGUUAUGAAUCGAAUGCCUUCGGUGAACUCAGAAGAUUGGACCUUGUUCCGUCCGGAGGAGCCGGGGAACUCUCCAAUCUACAUUGCAAGAGGUACCUAUAACUCCCCUUCCACCACCAAAGCUCCAUAUCCCCGGAACCAACAAAGUGUGGUCCCCAGUAGGAGUCGCCCUCUAGGGGUACAAAAGCCGACAAGUACCGAGUCAAGUAGUCAUACCAAAGUCUAUGAUCCCUUCAAUCCUGCUACAUACACGAGAUCCAUGUUGACUAGGCGAACAGGAGAGGCUUCCAUAAUUCGAUUGAAUGGAGAAGGGAGGGGAAACCCUUUUUACUACCCCAACUAUGCCCCCGUGAAUUAGAGGUCGAUACGAAGAGAUUUGAACGUAAGCAUCAAGCCAGAAGUUUUGUCCCAUGUCCCCAUCAUAUCCGGGUGUGACAUGUACGUACUGUAUGUGCUACAAAUUAUUUCUUUUGUUAACAAAUUCGUCAGCUUUUUUUCGAAUAAAAAACAUCAACGUGUGAAAUGAUA